AAAUUGUUGUUUGUCUUCCUUGAUUGAAGAUGAACUUGUUGUACAUAACAACAAACAAGUUUUUCUAAGCUAAUGGAUACUAAAACUAGCUAGUUGUGGACAUAGUUUAAUUUGUCAAUAACUUAGUUGAUUUUCAGGCUAGAAAUAGAGUAUUCUUCAAUUAUAUAGUUGGGAGAUUAUAAAAAGGUUCAUGUGAUAUAUAUGGUCCACAAAAGUUCUCUUUACAACUGGGCUACUCAAAAUCCUUUUCGCUUUGGCUGGAGCUAGCUAAAUAUAAAGAAAUCAGUUAGAUUUUUAUUUGUUUUUAAAGAAAAUUGUGGGAGACAACCAAAACAUAUUUUAAGGACCCAAUAGUGUUGGGUCAUUUUUAAAUAAAAAGAAGAAGAAAAAAAAACUUGCUCUUCUUUUUAGCUAUCUAUCUAUCUAUCUAUCUAUCUAUAUAUAUAUAUAUAUAUAUAUAUAUUAUAAUGUCUAUUUAUCUCACCCAACCCAACUCCAUUAUCUCAUUUCUCUGUUUAAUUAAGUAAUCAUCCCAAAAAUUACUCAAUUAAUCAGAGCCCCGAAAAUGUUAGCUUGUUUAGUUGAACGAUUGGUAGCGGACAACGACACUGAUUCGAUACCUGAUCCUGAAAAAAGUGUUGACAUACAUGGUGUUUUGAAAGACUUGAAUAUUGAAGGAAGCAUUGAUUAUGGAGUUACGGCGAUAAGUUUAGGCAGUACAGAUUUCGGCGGCUUAUAUUCAGAGAAGCCUUUAGCCGUUAUACGUCCAGCCGGAGCCGAUGACGUUGUGCGGGUGAUUAGGCGAGCGUUAGAGUCACCAACAUUAACUGUAGCGGCGAGAGGCAACGGUCAUUCCAUUAACGGCCAAGCUAUGGCCCACCAUGGACUGGUAAUCGAUAUGAAAUCAAUGGCUGAUAAUAACAGAAUCGACGUAAAUGUCAAUUUCAUGUACGUCGAUGUUGGUGGUGGAGCAUUAUGGAGUGAUGUAUUGAAACAUUGCGUUUUGAAAUACGGCUUGGCUCCUAAAUCGUGGACGGAUUAUCUUGAUUUAACCGUCGGAGGUACUCUGUCUAAUGCCGGCGUUAGUGGUCAAACUUUCCGAUUUGGGCCCCAAACGUCAACUGUAACGGAAUUGGAAGUUGUUACCGGAACCGGAGAAAAAAUCGUCUCUUCAAAUUCUCAAAAUUCUCAACUAUUCUUCUCUGUUCUUGGUGGACUUGGUCAGUUUGGUAUCAUUACUAGAGCUCGGGUUUUGCUUCAACCCGCCCCAGAUAUGAUGAUUGAGAAAUUGCUAGGCAAAUUGAGAUAUUUGAAGCAUUUUAGAUACGAAAUCGACUUGACUUAUAUGAAUUUCUUAUCACGAGUUGAUCAUGUAGAAGAAGCGGCUAGAGGUAGUGGUAUAUGGUCUACACCUCAUCCAUGGCUUAACAUGUUUGUUUCCAAGAAAGAUAUUGAUGCAUUCAAUCGAAUUGUGUUUCAAAAUAUCUUAAGAAAUGGUAUCAAUGGCCCUAUAUUAACCUAUCCUCUCCUGCGUAGCAAGUGGGAUAAUCGAUGGUCAGUGGCGUUACCAAAAAAUGAAAUAUUUUAUUUAGUGGCUUUGCUAAGGUUUAGCCAUGCACAUCCAACAGAGUCAGAAAUAAAUCAAAUGGUGGCACAAAAUGAGGAGAUUGUACAAACUUGUAUCAAGAAUGGAUUUGAUUUUAAAAUGUAUCUACCUCAUUACAACUCCACAGUUGAAUGGAAAAGGCACUUUGGGGAUCAAUGGGGAAGAUUUGUCAACAGAAAGAGGCAGUUUGAUCCAAAGUAUGUCCUUGCACCUGGCCAAAAAAUAUUUACUAGAAAUCACCAAUUCUAAUAAAUAUAUACUAUUAAUAAUUACUUGUAGGAUAGGUCAAGUUUUACAUUUUACAAAAUUUGGAAUUGAAGUUAAAAUUCUUGUGUAAAUUUCAACAACGGACCUUGAUUUUAAACUAAAAAUUUGAAAUUGAGAUUCAAAAACAUAUGGUCAAAUGCCACCAACUUUUGUUUGUACUAAAGUUUAUAAAAGAAAUUAGGAAUAUACACAGUAAUGAGAAACUGUCCACAUUAUAUUAUUAGCUUA